CUUCAGAUUUCGCAUUUUGCUUAAGAGAUGCAUCGAGAGAGAUGCUUCAGUUUUCAGCGUUUUCUUAGUUUAUGUGGUCGAUGCUUGAAGGAAGCCGCUUGCUAAAACAUUUUAUUGAGGGUCAGAGGUGAAUGGCCUCCUUGAGAAUUGUCACGAACAUAAUUCUCGUCACGACAUCUUCCAAAGAUCGGUGUCUACUCGGAAACAUUUGUAGAUAUUGCGACACUUUGAGAUUGAACUCGGCGGAAACUUAACAUGGAUUCCAGGGAACCAAGGAAAUUAAAGGAGGGUUUCCUUGUGAAAAAGGGCCAUGUUCGUCACAACUGGAAGACAAGAUGGUUUGUUUUGCAUGAGGAAAUGUUGAUGUACUUCAAGAAAAAAAAUCAGGUGAUGUACAAUGCUGGUGAGAUUCCACUGAGAGGCUGCUUUUUAGUCUCACCCUGCACAGAGUACACCAAAAAAGAGGGUGUGUUUAGGAUAACAACAAAAGAGAAUACAGAGUACUUACUUCAAGCAGCAAACGAAGAGGAACGUGAAGAUUGGACCACAGCAAUUGCAAAUGCAGUCAGACGAUUAGAUAUUAAAUAUAAGUGCACUGAUCCAGAGGAAGUUCCUAGAAGUUCUUACCCAAGGUUAUCUGUACAAUGUACUCCAACCCAAAUAAGGGACAUGGUGGAAGCAAUGCAAGAUGCAGAUGCGGGAAUACCUCUUGACAAUCAUGCCUGUCUCGAGGAAAUUAAAACUCACAAACUCUGCUUUACUGGAGUUCAAGUGAUCGACUGGCUGCUUAAAUGGUCCUUUGUAUCAAAUCGUGAAAAAGGCAUCACUUUAGCAUCUGUGUUGUUGGAAGACGCUCAUCUUCAGCCAGUUGGAAUAACAAGUAAAACUUCAUUCAAAAGAAAAACAAAAUUUGAGAACUGCACCACAUUUCUGGAUAGUCCUGAUGCACUUUACAGAUUUUCUGCUCUGAGAUACAGCGCCAAUGAAGGUUUGGAGUUAGAAUGGUCAGAUGACUCAAGUGAUUCUGACGAUGAAGUUCCACGAGAUCAGUGUGGAGCUAUCAGAGGAAGUAUUGUCAAGCAAGGCUUCCUACAGAAAAAGGGUCAUGUCCGACACAACUGGAAAACAAGGAAGUUUAUUCUUUGUACCCAGCCCACUAUGUUGUUUUACUGUCGGCCUUCUAAGGCAUCUACGCCAGUUGGACACAUCAAGUUGCAGGACAGCGAAGUAAAGACUCUUAAAAAUGAUGACGAACUUUCCGGAGCCGAAUGUGAAAAUGGGAGAAGAAAACAAACAGCUCAAUACACGUUCCUGUUACGAACAAGGAAAGGAAUCAAAUACAUAUUCCGAGCAGCGUCCGAGGAGGAUAGAAUGGAAUGGGUACAAACUCUUCAAACCGUCUGCGAGAAGUCUUGGAGUACGGAGUAAAAAAUACUUUGAGUAGAAAAAAAUACUCUGAUGCUGAAAGACCGUUGAGGUAAAUUUUCGGGAGAGUAAGAAGAAAACAUUAAUAUAACCCUGUUACCUUUCGCUGAUUUGCAAAUCCCUGUUAUUCCAGCACCGAGUGAAAAAAAGCUUCAUUGAUAUAUUUUUGCACUCGCACGUGUCCUGGAAUCUGUGACGGCCCAAUCAAAAUAGUUUUAUAAAACUGCAGUCAUAAAUUUUUAGUACCUUAGCGGAUGAUAGAUACAGAUCCUUAAAAAGAGAAUAUAUAUGGAGAGGGGGUAAAUAAUUAUGAAAAAUGCUGUAUCAUUUACGAAGGCUUUUAUUGUCUAUUUUAUAUAAAUUUUCAGUACCUUGGAAAAUGAUAGAUACAGAUCUUUAAAAAGAAUAUAUUUGGAGAGGGGGUAAAUAUGAAAAAUGCUGUAUCAUUUACGAAGACUGUUAUUGUCUAUAUUAUGCAAAAGAGUUUUCGGAAUUAAUUUACUAACAGUAAAAACAGAGACCAUAUCUGUAAAAAGGAAGAAGAAACUUCGCUUUAAACCCGAUCAUUGAACUUGAAUGUAUGAAACAGGUAAAUAGAGCCAGGCAUGAAUAACCACUGUUAGCUAAUUUAUAAUCACAAUGUAUCUGUAAAACGUUAAGAAGAUGGCGACAUGACGAAAUUUAUUUCUUAUUCCACACUUAUCCAAAGGCGAAGUGAUUGUUCAGUGAGCCUGAGGAGAUAAUUUUUUAUUGUAACUGCUCGGGUGAUUAUCAGAGAAAGUGCACUUUCUUUCGUUUUGCUUCCUUCCUCCUUAAACACAUCAAGAACUCACACGAAGACCAUUUUGCACAUCAGUGCUUCCCACCGACGAAGCACCACAGUUUCUUCAUUGUCAUAAUUACCUUGCGUAGAGUUAUUGCGGCGAGAUAUGGGGUAAUUUUCGACCAAUCAGAGCGUGGGCAUCUCUAUAAUCAGCUGAGUAAUUACACUAAGUAACGAGUCAUAUGUGAACAUCAAAUUCCUAAAACUAACGAGAUAAGAAUUUUAUGGUAGAAAACAAUUGGGCUAGUCAAGUUGUCCAGUGAAACCUAUUUUUGCUCGGACACAACCCAUGUAUACAUUUCGUCAUAUCUCACUACCCCCAUAAAAACAAGUAUUAUUUACACGCUUUAAUUGUACAUGCAGUCUCGAACUCAAUGCAAGAGAAGUGAUACAGCUGUAUUUAAAACCUCAACUUAGCUCUAAAUUAAAUUCUUCGUAUGCGUAAAAAACUGGGCAAAAUGUCCGGCCACCCAAUGAGUUGAGCGGUCAAAACCCAUCUUUAUGCGGGCUUUGUCCGUUGACUGGCUGUUGUAUUCAGCCCAGGCGUGUCUUUUACAUAAAAAAGGAAAUAGUGGUUAAUUUUUCAAAAGUUUAAUCCACAUAUGAAUUCUUUCUUCCGCUGGUUGCGAAAAAUAACAGUCCAACAAUCAAUACUUUAAGGACACUCCACAUAUAUAACUACCGUAAGAGUCAGUUGUUUUGUGUCACCCCUUCUAUACUUUUUUGUGCCCAUUGUGCCUUCCAGUGUUAGGGUGUCGUGUAAGUCCGUAAACCUCCCCCAUUAUUUUUUAUAUCAAUGGUCCUUCGCUGCGAGUUCUGCUGUGCAAACAUGCAAGAUUCCCGUAAAAGUAAUAUUUUGUCUUGUUAGGCGUACAGCAGCAAGGUCUAAUGUUGUUGAUGAACGAUGUUUAGAACAGUCUACGUAUCAAUAUCACUUCCUGAAUACCCCCACCGCCGCAGCACCACAGUUUCUCUAGAAACGUACCCCCCUUUAUUUAUUUAACAGAGCAUAAUAUUGAUAGCGAAUUGAGUUUUUAAGCAUCUUUAUUUUAAUAGGAAUUUUAGUUGUCGUUGCAUGCAAGGUUCAUAUCGGCUGAGCCGCCGGGAAACUGAACGUAGCACGAAAAAUGGACUUUCAUUCGUCUCUGGGAACUUUGCGUGAAAUCCAGUGUUGCAAAAACAAAAAAAACAAAAAAAAACAGCUUUACAAAGGAUUUCUCAGGUGGGAAUACACUAUAGUUUGUUCGAGGCGUGGCCUUCAUUUCUUGCGAGAUCCACUUUAGGAAAAUACACCGCUGUUAUUUGGAAGGAUAUAUCUCAAUCCACAUUAUAAGCCAAACCCAAACACAACAAAUAUCACUAAAGACUGAGGUAAGUCAACAGCAACACUCUUUUAGGGUCGAAAUAAAGGCGUUCUGUCCCUGUCGAGCGAAUAAAUGCGUCUCUAACUCUGUACUUCGCGCUACAACUUCUCUAGCCAUGAUUCUUUUCAGUCACAGUCAUCUGACAGUAUGCCCUUCUAUUCUCCGCCGCUUUAUAUUUUCUGCGGGAAAUAAAUGAAAAGCAGAGAAUCAGGUCAAUUCUAGGGAGUUUUAUUUUAAUUUACUGAAAUAGCGCGCAAAUACUAGAUGUUAGAAUUAAUCACUUUUGCGAGGUGAUUUUUUGUCCCAGAGCGGA